GCGCCGGGGCGAGCGAGGCCGGGAGGGUGCUGGAUCCUGGGCCUGGUGCUGGGGGUGGGCCCGGGACGAGCCGGAACCCGGGAGCGGGCGGGCUGGCGGAGCUGGACGUGCGGCGCUGGGAGCCGACCCUGAGCUCGCCCCGCGUGGGGAGAGCCGAGCGCAGGGGGCGUCAGAGCCGGAGGCGGAGGAGUGAAGUCAGGGCUGAGUGGGCGGAAGAGAGCCUGGGCAAAGACAUGGCCACUUAUCACUCAGUAGGACACGUGCAACUGCCCCGGGCUGAUGCCAUUCGUUCCCGACUCAUUGAUACUUUCUCUCUCCUUGAGCAUCUGCACGGCUUGAGCCAAGCUGUGCCACGGCACACAAUUCGAGAGAUACUUGAUCCUUCCUGUCAGAAGAAACUUAUGUUGGGAGAUCAACACCAGCUUGUGCGCUUCUCCAUAAAGCCUCGUCAUGUAGAACGGAUUACACAUGCCCAGAGACUGAUGAGCACCCUUCAAGUGCGCUGCAGCAAGAGUCCACCUCUUUCCUUGUGGGCUGGAUGGGUCCUUGAGUGUCCUCUCUUCAGAAACUUUAUCAUCUUCCUCAUCUUUCUGAAUACAAUUGUACUGAUGGUUGAAAUAGAAUUGCUCGAAUCCUCAAAUACCCAACUGUGGCCACUGAAGCUGACUCUGGAGGUGGCAGCUUGGUUCAUCUUGCUUGUUUUCAUCUUGGAGAUCCUUCUUAUGUGGCUAUCCAGCUUUUUCCUCUUCUGGAAGAAUGCCUGGAAUGUUUUUGACUUUGUUGUCACCAUAUUGUCCCUGAUUCCUGAGGUUGUGGUGCUGGUAGGGGUAACAAGCCAUUCCGUAUGGCUCCAGUUGCUGAGGAUCUGCCGGGUGCUAAGGUCUCUUAAACUCUUUGCACGAUUCCAUCAAGUUCGAGUCAUUAUUUUGGCCCUGGUCAGGGCCCUCAAGAGCAUGACCUUCCUCUUGAUGUUGCUGCUCAUCUUCUUCUACAUUUUUGCCGUGGCUGGUGUCUACUUCUUCGAGAAUUACACCCGUUCAACUCGCCAGGACCUGGAGUAUCACAUGUUCUUCUCGGACCUGCUGAAUUCCGUAGUGACAGUGUUCAUUCUCUUUACUAUGGAUCAUUGGUAUGCACUGCUUCAGGAUACCUGGAAGGUGCCUGAAGUCAGCCGUACCUUCAGCAGCAUCUAUGUCAUCCUCUGGUUGUUACUUGGUUCCAUUAUCUUUCGAAACAUCAUAGUAGCCAUGAUGGUUACUAACUUCCAGAAUAUCAGAAAUGAGCUGAACGAGGAGAUGGCACACCUGGAGGUGCAGCACAAAGCCGACAUAUUCAAGCAGCAGAUCAUCCAGAGGAGACAAAACCUAAUCCCUGAGGCACAGAGGUCAAGCAUUAGCAAAAUGGAUGCCAGAGAUGCCAAUCAACAAGGGGACUCUUUGGACUUAACAGAAGCUUCUAAAGAAGAGUCCAAACACAGUGCCACUAAAGAGAGUUCAAGAGCAUCUAAGUCAAAAACAAAGAAGUCCUUGUCAAAAAUGAAGAAGUCUGCAUCUUCCUCUUCCUCCUCAUCUUCAUCUUCCUACUGUUCCUCUUCUUCUGGCUCCAGAUAUUAUGACCCUAUUGGUCAGUUGGACUGGGAGACUCAUGUGCACCAGAAUCUGCCUGGGCUAAUGGAUAUGGAUCAGGAUGAACGUGUUGUUUGGCCUAGGGAUUCACUCUUCCGAUAUUUUGAGUUGCUAGAAAAGCUUCAGUAUAACCUAGAGGAGCGUAAGCGGUUGCAAGAGUUUGCAGUCCCUUCUAGAAUCAAGCCUAUGCAGAGAAAAUAUGUGAUUAAAAUAGUAAAGUUUAGGACUUCCCUGGUGGUCCAGUGGUUAAGAAACCGCCUUCCAAUGCAGGGGACGCAGGUUUGAUCCCUGGUCGGGGAGCUAAGAUUCCACAUGCCAUGGGGCAACAGCCCAUGCGCUGCAACUACUGAGCACACGUGCCACAGCUAGAGAGAGAAGCCCGCGCGCCGCAGCGAAGAUCCUGUGUGCCGCAACCAAGACCCGACACAGCCAAAUAAAUAAAUAAAUGUUUUAAAAAAAAUAGUAAAGUUGGGACUUCCCUGGUGGUGCAGAGGUUAAGAAUCCACCUGCCAGUGCAGGGGACAUGGGUUCAAGCCCUGUUCCAGGAAAAUCCCACAUGCAGCAGAGGAACUAAGCCCGUGUGCCACAACUACUGAGCCUGUGCUCUAGAGCCCAUGAGCCACAACUACUGAGACCACAUGCCACAACUACUGAAGCCCGCACUCUGCAACAAGAGAAACCACCGCAAUGAGAAGCCCGCGCACCACAACGAAGAGUAGCCCCUGCUCGCCGCAACUAGAGAAAGCCCUCGUGCAGCAAUGAAGACAACACAGCUAAAAAUAAAAUAAAUAAAACAAAUUAAUUUUUAAAAAAUUCUUUAAAAAAAAUAGUAAAGUUUGAUUUAAGCUGAGAACUACCUGCUCAAAAUUAUUUUCCCUAAAUUUCUCAUUUGAGAUUUCACCACCUAGAGAUUAAUUUGGAUCAAUGAAUUUUCCCUCUAAAAAUACAAAAACUAGAAGAGUUGGGGGCAAUUUUUUUUUAACAGUUUAAUGUGGUUUAGUGUUAUCCUCCUAACACCUAGCUGAAGUCAACCCAAAGUGAAAAUAUCAAUGGGAGAAGAGGAAUGUGUGUGUGGUGGGCACAGGAGAGCAAUAAGAGGAAUUUAUAACAUUGGAACAUGGAAUUUAGAGCAGGAUAUCAGACAGGCUUUGCCUACUUCGAAUAUUGCAUUGUUAUCCUGCUCUUUCCAACUGUCCUCAGCCCUGCCUCCCCAUUUGUUCUGGGGAGAACAGGGUGAAAGGGCGGCGAAGGUAGCAAGAUGGCUUCUUUAAUCCUGAUUAAUUCAUCUGUGGCAAAGAGGACAGACUCAUGUGGCUUAAUUUAGAGUAAAGAUUAGUAAAAAUUUGAGUGGAAACCUAGAACCCAGAAAAACAGGGUCUUCACCAAACAUUUGUAUGUUCUGAAUAUUCUUAGCUUUGCAGCUUCACAGUCUGUUU